AUGAUCUCUGUACGCACGAAAGUGAGCGACCGAGCGUUGCGCCGUAAGAACCUGCGCAAGAUGAAAAAUAAGAAGGACAGCAAGGUGCCGAUGCUGAAGGAUACGCUACGUAAACUAUAUAUGCGCACGCAUCCAGACUUGUUUGGACGGUACCCAGAGCAGCAGCGUACGAACGAGGAGUCGUAUAAGGAACUGCUAGGCAUUUUGGACGCCAUUGAGAAGCAUAAUGCGUUUCCGCCAGCCAAGAGGUUGGUGCUGCCAUUUUAUCUCAAGACGGCAGUAGAGGGUGAGUUCAAGGAGGUGGAUUUGCAGCUUCGGAUGACUGGUGGCGCUUGCAACACAUUAGUGGAAGAGGCGUUGGUGGAAAACUCGAAUCUGGGCUUUGAAAAGGAGCAAGAGGAUUGCAAGGAGGCGGAAAUGGCUGUAAAGCGUGAGGAGCAGCUCCGUCAAUCAGCACCGGCCUACAAUCCUGUAGAUCGCAGUGCGCCUGACGGUCACUCUAUUGAGAAGGUGCUGACGGAUUUGGACGAUACCCUUCAGCUAAUUGCAGCAAUACCUUACCUUGAUGAGGAAGAAGAGCAGCAACGUGCCAUAAAAUUGCAUUUUGAGCAGGGUGGAGGCUUGGAUGACCUUGAUGCCCAGGGCUAUACGGUCAAGGCAAGAGUGCUUAUGAUGUGGCAGGGUGAGCGGGAUCUAGAUACACUAAUCAAGAGCGUCGAUGUCGACUCAGCUCUUAUUGUACAGCGAGUUCUCAUGCACACACUUGAAAUUGAAAAGAAGCUGAAUGAGAUUAUUGCUAAUGAAGGUGUUGACGAUCACGAGAAUGCUGCUAAUGGACAGAGAUGA